AGGCGGCUCCCAGUCACUCGGCUUGUCUUGUUUUACAGCCUCAGUCCCUGGCUCCUGUCGCUCCACCGGACCAAUAGGCACCAGAACGAGACGGAGCCUCUUCGCCACAAGGACUUAUUCUGCUACCAAACCCCAACAAGUUUGUGGAAGAACAGGGCUCGGUGGACAUGCUGCCGGAGUCUCUCUGGAUGUCUGCUAUCCUUUGUAUCUGUCAAGUCGAUGGGACAUAUGGAUUCUACAGACAGCACAACAAUAUCUGUGACAAUUUGGAUUGGUCAUACACCGGUCACUUAAAUCAGAAUAACUGGGUGAAGAAAUAUCCAAUUUGCUCCGGUCCUAAACAAUCCCCCAUCAAUAUAGAAGAUGGUUUUACUCAAGUCAACAUGAAUUUCCGAAAACUACUGUUUGAAGGCUGGGAACGUAAAUCCAGUGGAAAUACAGUCAUUCACAACAAUGGGAAAACAGUGGAAAUGAAUUUGACAGAUGAAUAUUACAUCAGUGGUGGUGGCAUGAAGUCCAGGUAUAAAGCAGGCAAGAUAAUGUUCCACUGGGGCAAGUGUAAUGCAACAGAUGGAUCAGAACAUAAAAUAGAUGGACAAAAAUUUCCGUUGGAGAUGCAGAUCUUCUGCUUUGAGUCAAAUCUUUUUGAAAGCUUUGAGGAGGCGGUGCAAGGACAAGGCAGUCUCAAAGUUCUAUCUGUCUUAUUUGAGAUUGGUCCAGAGGAUAAUAUGGAUUAUGAAAAUGUCAUACGUGGUGUGGAAACAGUUAGUCGAUGUGGAAAACAGGCUCUGGUGGAACCAUUCAUUUUACUGAAUCUUCUUCCAAAUUCCACGGAUAAAUAUUACAGUUAUAACGGCUCCCUUACUACACCUCCCUGUACAGAAACUGUCCAAUGGAUUGUUUUUAAAGAAACUGUUCCCAUUUCUGAAAUUCAGCUGGCAGUUUUCUGUGAGGUGCUGACCAUGCAAAAGUCUGGCUACGCUAUGUUAAUCGAUUACCUCCAGAACAACUAUAGGGAGCAGCAGUACCAGUUCAUUGGACAGGUCUUCUCCUCCUAUUCAGGCACAGAAGAGAUUCAUGAACCAGUUUGCAGCUCAGAACCUGAAGGUCUCCAAGCCGACCCAAGGUAUAAUGCCUCUUUACUUGUUCUGUGGCAAAGACCGAGAGUGGUUUAUAGUGCUGUCCUGGAGAGAUAUGCAGUGUUCCAUCAGCAAUUGGAUGGAGAAGACCAGACCAAACACCAGUUCCUGACAGAUGGGGAUCAAGACAUGGGAGCCAUUCUCAGAAAUUUAUUGCCAAACACAAGUUAUGUUGUCCAAGUGGUUGCUAUAUGCUCCGAUGGUUUGCGCGGAAAGUACAGUGACCGACUAAUUGUGGACAUGCCUAUGGAAUUUGAAGACCCAGAUUUUGGUGCCCUUUUCAAUUUUAAUGACACAUUUGAUGAUGCAGAGCCAACAGAAAGUAAUCCAGAGCAAUCAGGACCAAUUUUACUUGAAGCUCACACAACGUCAGUAUUUAAUCACAAAUGGAAUGAGAAGAGUGUGGAAGCUGAAAAUGAGAAAUCCAUAUCUAUCAAAGACAAAGAACAGAACGCAAAUGCUGUUUCUAAUGAAAAGUAUUUUGUCAAGGGAAAUGAGGAAAUAACCACAAAGGUUGCCAUCCCUGAUAUUCUUUAUACCCCCUCCUUCACUGCGGUCGAAACAAUAUCCAAGGAGAUACGUACUGCACUGCCCCACGAAACCAUGAUCUCUUCCAUAGCUGAGGACUCGGAUGAUUCUUCAGCAGUGGGACCCCUGGAACUGAAUGAAAUUUUCACCAUCACCCACCAAGCAAGAAUUCCAGUCACAUCCAAAGAAACCCCACACUUCAGUACAGCGACAGAAUCUGACAAUAUACUCAAUGUACCCACCAUUGGUACCAGAAAUAUUCCUCAGGCUGUAACGCCUGAAGAUGGCCUCACAAGUAAUUCAACUCCCAAUUUGUUGCCUGAAACAAUGAUUGUUAUACCUCGGAUGGAUUCUGGUAAAGAACAAAUGACAUCAACCAGUGAAAGAAUUAGUUCCCAAGAGCUGAACACGGUUCCUGAUUCUGUCACUUCUGCAGCGACAGUCCACCCAGAUAUGGUAACCUCUUCCACCAGCAAUGUACUUGCGUCUCGUGAGAUGUUUUCUGAAACUCUUCUUCCUCCUGACCAAGAGAUAUACCUUCGUAGUACUCCAGAUUCCAUUGACAAAUUAAAUAUCUUGCGUAAAGAGAAGGAAAUCCAAGCUACCUCUCCUUACUCUACUGGUGAGAUGGUGUUUCAAACUACCACUGUGCCCUCAAACAGCAAAGUGUCCUUUCACGCUACCUCUGCUUAUACCCAUGAUGAAGUACUGCUGCAGCCUACUCCCUCCUUAUUCAGUGCAUCUUUUUAUCAAUCUUCUGCUUCUGCUGAUAGUGAAGUGUUUUUUCAAAUGACAAGUCCUUUAUCGACUGACUCAAUGUCUCUGUAUGUGACCUUUGAUUCCCCUGCUAGUGAGACAUUUCCUCCUUCUGCCCAUAUUUUUCCUAGUAGUCAAAUGUUGCUUCAAGCUACUUCUGUUGCUUUUUAUGAUGAAGUGGGACUGUCUGGUUCAUCUCUACCAGCCAAUAUUGAUGCUGAAGCUACCCUUCCUUUAGCUAGCAAUGUGGUGUCUCUUCAUACUACCCCUGCUUCCUCCUCUACUGAGAAACUCCCUUAUGACCUUCAGACCUCCUCUGAAAUUCCAGCAUUACUCAGUGUGACUUCUGCUGCAUCUAGCAGUGAGCUGGUGCUGCACACCUCUGUUGGUGACCUGUUGUUUGAAUCUGCCCUUCCUUUACCCAGUGGUGUGAUGUCUCUUCAAACUUACCCUAGUUCUAAAGAGAAUGAGAUAUUUCUUCAUGUUACUCCUGCUCUUUCCGACAGUCUGAUGUUGCCUUUGACUCCACCUGUUGUUCCCAGUGAUGAGACUUUGAAUGUUACUUCUGCACCCAUUGUUGCAGACACGUUGCUUCAAGUGAUCCCUACUUCCUAUGAAAGCAAAAUGUCUUCGUAUGCUUCUCCUGUUUUUCCCAACAGUCAAAUAUCAACUGCAGCUGCUCCUGCUUUAUCCACUAAUGAAUUAUCCCUGCAAGCUACUGUUAGUGUCUUUGAUAGUACAAGAUCAUUGAGUGAUACCGAAACUUUGAGGAAAAAUGAGACAAUGCUUUAUGUUUCCCUCAUGCCUUCCAGUGAUAAUGCACUCUCUUAUGUUUCCUCUACUGUUUCCAAUAACCAGUUUUCUGUUCCUACUAGCCUGCCUUUAUCGUUUGAUGAUGCAAUGCACAUUUCUAUUCCAGCGACAACUCCCAGCAGUGAGCUAACCAUGCAAGGUUCUGCUGCUCCCUUGCCAUCUCCUUCAGUGCCUUCCUCUGUCACAUUGCUGAGUGAAAGUCAGGAUGGUGAACUGUGGUCUUCUGGUUCAGAAAUUGAUUUGUCAGAGGCAGAUGGUAGUGUACCAACAACAUUUUACCCCAGAUCUGAGGAAGAAAGUCACUUAAAUGGGCAGAUAUUCAGCACUACAAAGGAGCAGACUAGUCAGUAUCCCCAAAUCCUAUCAGGAUCACCUGCAUCUUCUGAAGAAAACUCAUUCAUCACUACUUUUAACUUCAAUUUAACAGAUUCAUAUGUGGACAGAAAUCAUUACAUGGCAACAAUACUGACACCAAAAGUAUCCACUGGAAAUCACAAAAGACCAACAAUAAUAGGAAGACAUAAUUGGACCACAACAGUAACUACGAAACCAUCCCCAUCAUACUCUAGGACUAGUACCUUCCUGACCACUGAAGAGGAGAGUGGUUCUGGCCAGAGUGCAUCUGAUAGUCUAACUGUUAAUGAAACUUCAGUGGUGUUAAGUUCCCUCAAGUAUAAUUAUAGAGCAUUAGACAGUACACCAGGCACAGGUAAAGCAGCAGAACAAAGGACGUCACUGCCUUCAGCUCCAUCUGUAACUAGUGGGCUUGAAACAACUUUAUUCGACAUUUAUGAGGCAGAGGCCAGUAACAGCAGCCAUGAGUCCCGUAUAGGUUUGGCAGUUGGGUUAGAGACAGAAAAAAAGGCAAUUAUCCCUCUUGUGGUGGUAUCAGCUCUCACCUUCCUAUGUUUGAUGCUGCUGGUAGCUAUCCUUAUAUACUGGAGGAGGUUUUUGUUUGUUGCAGUUGACCAUAGCAGAGUUAAACUAGCCCCACUUGUGGAAAAAGACUCCAAGCACAGUGAUUAUAUCAAUGCAAAUUACAUCGAUGGCUAUGACAGACAGAAAGCCUAUAUAGCAGCUCAAGGGCCACUUAAAUCUACAGCUGCAGAUUUCUGGCGGAUGAUAUGGGAACACAAUGUGGGAGUUAUUGUUAUGAUUACCAACCUGGUAGAAAAAGGAAGGAGGAAAUGUGAUCAGUACUGGCCAUCAGAAAACAGUGAAGAAUAUGGAAACAUUCUGGUCUCACUGAGGAACACAAAAGUAUUGUCCUAUUAUACUGUUAGACAGUUUUCUAUUCGGAACACAAAGUUUAAGAAGGGAUCCCAGAAAGGAAGGCAGAAUGAUCAUACAGUAACUCAAUAUCAUUACACUCAAUGGCCUGAUAUGGGUGUUCCCGAGUAUGCUCUUCCUGUCUUAACAUUUAUACGACAUUCGGCGGCUGCUAAGACUAAUCUUAUGGGACCUGUCAUAGUUCAUUGCAGUGCUGGUGUUGGAAGGACAGGCACAUACAUUGUAAUAGACAGCAUGCUACAACAAAUCAAGCACAAAGGCACUGUAAAUGUGCUGGGAUUUCUCAAACACAUCAGAACACAAAGAAACUACUUAGUACAAACUGAGGAGCAGUACAUCUUCAUUCAUGAUGUCCUGGUGGAGGCCAUCUUUAAUAAGGAUACAGAAGUUCCAGCCAGUCAUUUAUAUGCCUAUGUCAAUGCUCUUCUGACACCAGGACCCUCAGGGAAAAUGAAUCUAGAGAAGCAAUUCAAGUUGGUAAGCCAGCCUCAUGCUAAGCAAUGUGAUUACUCUGCAGCACUGAAGCAGUGCAAUAGAGACAAGAACAGAAAUUCCUCUAUCAUUCCCGUGGAGAGAUCAAGAGUUGGACUCUCAACCUCAGCCACAGAGGGCUCUGAUUACAUCAAUGCUUCUUACAUUUCGGGAUUUCAUCAAAGUAAUGAGUUCAUUAUAACUCAACAUCCACUGCCACAUACCACAAAGGACUUUUGGAAAAUGAUAUGGGACUACAACGCUCAAAUAAUUGUCAUGCUGUCAGAUAACCAAGUGCUGACUGAGAAUGAAUCUGUGUACUGGCCAAGGAAGGAGGAGCCAAUGAAUUGUGAAACGUUUACAGUGAGCCUGAUCAACCAGAGCCAUCUUUGUCUUUCCAACGAGGAGCAGCUCAUCAUCCAGGAUUUCAUUCUUGAAGCAACACAGGAUGACUAUGUGCUUGAAGUGAGGCACUAUCAGUCUCCAAAAUGGCCAAAUCCAGACGGGCCUAUAAGAAAAACCUUUGAGCUCCUCAACAUGAUACGAGAAGAAGCUGCUACAAGGGAUGGGCCAACUGUUGUCCAUGACGAACAUGGAGGAAUAACAGCUGGUACCUUCUGUGCUUUGACUAAUCUAAUGCAUCAACUGGAAAGUGAAGAUUCAGUGGAUGUUUAUCAAGUGGCUAAAAUGAUUAAUUUAAUGAGGCCCGGUAUCUUCACCGAUAUUGAUCAGUACCAGUUUUUGUACAAAGCUGUCCUCAGCCUAGUCAGUACAAGAGAAGAUGAAAACCCUGCAGCUACAUUGGAAACCAAUGGCAUGGCCAUGUCUGCCAAUGACUGUAAUGGAGCAGAAAGCAUGGAGUCUCUGGUGUAACAGUGCAAGGAAUAUCAUCACCAGCAGAGGCAAACAAAAAAGAAACAAAAUCCUAUUUAAGAUCCUGUUAACUAUACAGGUAUCCAUUGCAAAAUCCUGGUAUCCACUUUGUGUCACUAAUGAACACCGACUGGUGGGUGACUUUUACAUAAAAGAAAAAUUGUUAGCAGAAAUCGUUUGUGCAGUGUGUGAAUGUUUCAUUUGCAUCACGCUGGCCCGACUGAUGUUCGCUGUAGUUGCAUUUUCAGCAUGUUCAGUGUCAAGUUCCAUGGUCUGCUUCCAGUCUGUAACAAUUUAAGUGGGUGGGGGGGUGGGGGGGUGAAGAGAGAGGGGAUUGGGGGGCAUCCAUGACAGUGUCUUCUAAAGAAGUUUCUGGAAGAGAAUAUUGAAUGCAACAUCAAUGGUUACUAGAGUGCUGCUGCCCAAGACUUGUUUCUCUAUUUUCUACAAUAUCAACACCAUUUAAAAGACCAACAUUCAGCAGUGCUCAAGCAGUGUACUGUAUGUACAGAAUGAAAUAGCAGUGUUGAUUAAGUCUGGAUAAUAUGGAUAUCAUAUUGUUAAAGAAAGAAAAUUAAUCUUCUAAUACAUAAUGUAAAUAGUAGAACAAUGAACCUGUCCAUGGACCAAAUCUCUAUUUAUAAUUCUAGAUUUUUAUAUUUUACUACAGAGUCUUUUCUAGUCUUUUUUGAUGUUCUGACUACAUGGUCGUUGUAGAUGGCAAUUUAUUAAUGUUUAAACAUGUCUCUAAUUCAGCUUUGGUUCUAAAUCU